ACCGGUCCAGACAAAAUGAAUAUGGUGACAGUUACUGUUAAAAAGGAGGAGGAGGAGGAGGAGGAGGAGGAGGAUGAUAGCAGCCAGCAACCAGCUGCAGUGGAAGAUGAUUGCAGCCAACAACAUUAUCUAAUCCCUGGCUACAACAUGAUCUUCAUCAAAGAGGAGGCAUAUGAUGAGCAAGAGGCUGAAGGAAGUUCAGUGAAGAGUGAACCAGAGAUGUGGCCUUCAAACUGCAGCACAUCUGGCCGAGACUAUGCAACAGAAGUGGGUGGACUGAAUGAGCAUUCAAUCUCUCCAGUGGAAAAGUGCACUGAGUCAUCUGUGGCUGGCACAAAUACAAAGCUCUAUAGCUGUGAUCACUGUAGCUAUGAAACACAACAUUCUAGUCAUUUCAAGAGACACAUAAGGAAACACACUGGAGAAAAACCUUUCAGCUGUGAUUUUUGUGACUUUAAAAGUGCUCAGUCAGGUGAUUUGAAAAGACAUAUCAGAAUUCAUACAGCAGAAAAACCUUUCAGCUGCGAGUUUUGUGACUUCAAAAGUGCUCAUUCAGGCGAUUUGAAAAGACAUAUCAGAACUCAUACAGAAGAAAAACCAUUCAGCUGCAAGUUUUGUGACUUCAAAAGUGCUCAUUCAGGUGAUUCGAAAAAACAUACCAGAACACAUACUGGAGAAAAACCUUUCAGCUGCAAAUUUUGUGACUUCAAAAGUGCUCAUUCAGGUAAUUUGAAAGCACAUAUCAAAACACAUACUGGAGAAAAACCUUUCAACUGUGAAUUUUGUGAUUUUAAAAGUGCUAGGUUAGGUACUUUGAAAGUACAUAUCAGAACACAUACUGGAGAAAAACCUUUCAGCUGCAAGUUUUGUGACUACAAAAGUGCUGUGUUAGGUAGUUUGAAAAAACAUACCAGAACACAUAUAGGAGAAACAACUCCUAGCUAAGCAUUUAUAAUGUUCACCUACCACAGCUACAUAAAACUAUAGCUCUACAUCUUCAAUUGAUACAAUUCAUUUUAUUAAUAAGUAGAAACUUGGUGGGUAACUCCUGCAGUGGAAUCUUUUAUGAAUGAGGUUAGUUCUCUUUUUCUGGCUUCAAAAAUAGACUAAUUUCAUUUUUUUGUGAAACAUUAUCAAACAUCAUAUGAAUAUGAUUAGGGUACAACAAUAGGCUUGUCUCACAACUAGUCUUCUUUCAAAUUUCAUAAAGAAUAACAUUUUUUUUGGUUCUCUUCAGUCUCGUUUCAAUUUUCAAUAUUCAAUUCUUAUUUAAGAACAUCAUUUGUAUCAUAAUUCCAAUGUAAAGAAGGUUUUUUGGCAUUAAGCUUUAAAACUCUUUUACCCAGUUGCAUGUAGGUCUGUUAAAUAUGGACAGUAAUGCCAAUUAACAAAUCAGCAUUAGUUUUAUGGAUUCAUUACUGUUCCACAGAGAUUGGUUAGUUUUUAAUCCUGAUUAAGUUUUCCAGUUAACUAACCAAGAUUUUAAAGGUUUCACAAUCUGGCAACACUGUAGUUUAACCAACAGAUGCUAUUAUUCUGAACCUUAAACCAGUUAUAGAAUUAUUAUUAUAUAUUUGAUAUUAUUAUUCUAUAACUUAUUCUAUUAUUCUUUAUUUUAUAUUAUUAUUCUAUAACUGGUGCAAGUUAUGAAAAAAUAGCAUAAAAGUGAGGUUAUGUUAUUGAAGCAGUGACUAUUUUUUACCCAUGUGCCAUGAAAAUGUCCUCUCUGUCGCCAGUGUCAUGCUAUCUGCAGACAAACCAGAUCAAAAACUAACCUCAAAAAUCAGAAUCUAAUUUUAAUGCUACUAUCAGCUAAAUACACUUCUCUAUUUUAUUAAGGGAUGAAAUUCAUACAUAUAUUAGGUUAUACUUUGAAUUCUGUAGUUCUUUUACCAAAAACUAAUUGGAAGACAGCUAUCAAUAGGUACCUGAUCAGCAUUAGUUGGAUUUAAUUCCCUGUUAAUGGCCUGUUGAAAUUUUUUUAUGUUGGAUUAGCUUAACUGGCAUCAUUUUUUUAUUUUUUGGCACUAUCAUUUGUUGCUACUGUUGUAGCAACAGUAAUUCGUGAAAGUAGUGUUAGUCCUAGUCCUAAUGAUUCUCUUAAUGUUGCCUCACUUUCCACAAUUAGAAAAAUGUAUAAAGCUGAGUGUGGAAACAUGUUGAAAUUUGGGUAUACUCGGUCACAAAAAGCUCUUUUGUCAACAAGCCUGGAAAGGCAGAAUGUAAAACUGGCUCUUGAUAUUUUCAACUCCCAUAUUGCUAGGAGUAUCACUGAGCUUUCAGAAAAACAUAAUUUGAUGAAUGCUGAAAGCACCAGUAAUUAUAUACAUAUUUUCAAGAAAUGGUUUGACAUGAAUGUUAAAACACCAUGUAAAGGUUUUCAUCUUCGAAAUAUCUUUCAGGAGCCUUUAACAUGUAGUGAAAGUGAUGAAAAACUAUUGUUUCUUCACAAAUUUGUAAAGUGGUUGGAUUUGUGGAAAAGUUCCAUAAGUGUGAGUGGGAAAUUAACUAGAGAGACACAUUCUGCUCUAUUAAUUACCACAAAUGCAAUGAUUGAUUUACAGAAUAUUGUAUUGAAGAGCUAGGAAUGAGUUACAUACUACCAGGUAAAAUUCAAACAGACGAUUCAGAGUUUAGGUUUGGGCUGUAUAGAAGAUUAGCUGGUUCCCAAUAGGUACCAUAUUUCCAUCUGACAAAUUUAUGAAAUUGAAACCAGAAUAAGAAAUUUCUCGGUUAUGAAAUUGAGCCUGCAGUCAGGCUCAAAACGCUCGUUUGUUAUAGAGUUUUUUUGAUGAAGGAAGUGAGGAAUCCUUGCAUUCUUUAUCAUAUUAUGUUCUUGAUGAUUUUGUAAAUAUCCAAAUUGAUGAUAGUGAUAUAAGUAAUGUGGAUUCUGACAUGCCCUUGCUAACCUAUUUAGCAGGGUAUUGUGCUCACUCCUUAUUGAAGAGGAAAAAGUGUAAAAAUUGUGAAUGCAAUUUCGAUUGAAAAAGAAUUGAAUAAACAGCAGCUUCUCUUUGUCUCAGGUAGAGAUUUGUCUCAGGUUUGUCAAUUUGGUAGAGAGUUAGUGGGGAGGAUAUUUUUAAUAUUCUUCCCAAAGAAUGGACAUUGAUAUGUCCAAAGCUCCGCCAAUUUAUGUAGAUGUAUAACAAUAUGAUUAUUAUCUAUAGUUAUUAUAUUACAAAUUGCUUUUUCAUAUCAUAUACAGUUCAAUAGUUAUUUUCUUAGUCUAUAUUAUGUAAAUUCAUCUAUAACUUUGCUGUAUUGUAAGCUAUUGUAUAUAAGUGUAUAAGCCAGUAUAUAUUGUAAUCUACAUAAAAUACUCAAUCAAUCCCUUGGGGAGGAUAUUUUUAAUAUUCUUUCCGAAGAAUGGACAUUGAUAUGUCCAAAGCUCCGCCAAUUUAUGUAGAUGCAUUACAAUAUAAUUAUUAUCUAUAGUUAUUAUAUUACAAAUAUUGCUUUUUCAUAUCAUAUCCAGUUCAAUAAUUAU